ACUUCACAAGCAAAUCAAGCUCAAACGUUUUUCAACGUCGAAGGUGUUUGGACGCGGGCUAUAAAUUAGCAAACGUAGUUGCAUUGAAAGAAAAGUUUCGUGUUAUCCUGUUGCUUUGUUAUACAGCAAUAAAAUGCAUUCGCCUGUUGGUAAUGUAACAGGAUUCGUUCUCCUGAUGUUAGUGCAAAUAGUUUUCCUGGUGCUAUUUUGGGUAUUCGUGCGUUAUGAUAAGGAAGCUUUGCCAGUUGGAGCAGGUGAAACUGAAGCUGUAGAGCAUGUAUCCAAAUAUCCUCAAUUCCAGGAUAUUCAAGUGAUGAUAUUUAUUGGAUUUGGCUUUUUGAUGACAUUUUUGCGUAAAUAUGGUUACAGUGCAACAGGUUAUACAUUAUUUUUAGGUGCACUCGUUAUCCAGUGGGCAGUGCUAAUAAAGGGUUUCAUUCACAUGGAAGGUGGUAAAAUUAGCUUAUCGUUAGAAAACAUAAUUGAUGCUGACAUCGCUGCUGCAGUACCAUUGAUUAGUAUGGGUGCCUUACUGGGACGUACCACGCCCAUUCAAUUACUUUUUAUGGCACUCUUCGAAGUCGCGCUGUUUGCUGCCAAUGAGUACGUUGCUUUGGAUAUCUUAAGUAUUUGUGAUGUUGGUGGGUCAAUUACUGUGCAUGCAUUUGGUGCGUACUUUGGUUUGGCUGUUAGCAUGAUUUUGCGUCCAAGUAAAGACCAAAACGAAGCCGGUAAAUACGAAGGAGCCAAUUACACAUCAGAUAUUUUUGCCAUGAUUGGUACGCUGUUCCUAUGGGUAUAUUGGCCAAGCUUUAAUUCAGUACUAGCUGCAGGCAGCGGCCCUGAGCGUGCCAUUUUGAACACGUAUUUAUCAUUAGCAGCUGCAACAGUUACAACAUUUGUGCUAUCCGCCAUUGUCAGCCAUGAGAAUAAAUUGGAUAUGGUCCACGUGCAGAAUUCCACACUGGCUGGUGGCGUUGCUGUUGGCACUGUUUGCAAUUUACUUAUUGGUGCGCAUGGUGCUGUGUUAAUUGGAAUUAUUGCUGGAACAGUUUCGGUGCUGGGUUAUCGCUUUUUAUCGCCUCUGAUGGCCUCCAAGUUGCGCAUACACGAUACCUGUGGCGUACACAAUUUGCAUGGUAUGCCUGCACUCAUUUCGGCCAUUGCAUCCGCCAUUGUUGCUGCCUUGGUGACCAAGGAAAAAUACAAGUCCGAAAUGACUACAAUCUUUCCGGCUAUGGUAACUACAGAGGAAAUUGAAGUUCAACAAACCCAAAACAGUUCAACUAUCAUAUUGGGCGGCUACAAUCGCACAGCUUCUGCACAGGCAGGUUACCAACUUUUCGGUAUUGCCAUGACGGUAAUUGUGGCUAUUGUUGGCGGCAUUUUAACAGGUAUUGUGCUUAAGUACACAAACGUUCGUAAACUAAAUAAGGAAGAGCAUCAUCAGGACGAAGUCUUUUGGGAAGUGCCUGACCAUAAGGAAGAAUAGUAAUGUGAAGAUAAACUACAAAAGUUGCAAAUCUAACGACAAUAAUUUUGCACUGAAAAUUGCCGCAAAUUGGCAUUAUCUGCAUUUUGCACAGAAACUUCAAAACUAUGCUUUAUUUUACUUUGCUAAAUAGUAUAUUUUUAUAUAAUUUCAUAAAAUAACUUUUGUUUUUACAUCACUUAGAUCAUAGAUGAGUAUGCGAUGAGUAUGCGAUGAGUAUUAGACAUUUUUCUAUCAAACAAUUGUAAUCGAAUAUCUAGCAUUAAUAUUUUUUCUUUGCUUUUAUUUUUUUAAUAAACAUAAUUUUUAAAUUCUAAUCAAAACAUCAAUUUAUUUGCAUGUCUGUGUUGCCUUUAUCCUUAUAAAAUUAAAACUUAAAUAAGUUCCAAUUACUUGUCGUCUUCGGCGGUUGAACUCAACAGUUUGCAACAACAUUGGCGCCCAUUGCAACUCCGCCACUGGAAUGCAAUUGUACCAGCAAGUAGUUUAUACAUGGGUCGUGUUUACAAAUGAAAUCAAAGUUAAAUAUUUUGAUAUAAUUUUAGUUACUGUUAGUUAUGUUAAACUAAAGUAAAUACCAAUUAAUUAAAGGAAAAAUAUAUGUUAUUCUACUUAAAUAUUUAUUUAACAUAUAGUAGUUUAUAAAACUGUGCAAGUAAGUUAAGGUAACAUAAAUAACAAUGCCAA